AGGUCAGUGACAUGUGUCAGUGUUCUUCAUCAGCCCUGAGCCGGGACCAGAACCUCAAACCACCAACCCCACAACUUACUUCCCUCCACGAUCUGAUGGCCAGGGCAGAGCGAUUUAAUGAGGGCAAGGCUCUGCAGCUGCAAGCAGGGAAUAAGCACUGCCUGGUCGCCCGGUCAAUGUGUUACCUGAAACUCGGGGACACAGAAAAUUCCCUGAGAGAUGCAGAAGCCUCUCUUCAAAAUGACAAAACCUUCUCCAAGGGACUUUACCAAAAGGCCGAGACCCUGUACACCAUGGGUGACUUUGAAUUUGCACUAGUGUAUUAUCACCGAGGCCACAGACUACGUCCAGAGCUACAGAAGUUCAGGCUGGGAAUUCAGAAAGCUCAGGAAGCGAUUGACAACUCUGUCGGAAGUCCUUCCUCAGUUAAGCUGGAGAAUAAAGGGGACCUCUGCUUUUUAAGCAGGCAGGCAGAGAGCAAAAAAGUGAAGCAGAAACUUCAGGUCAAAGCCCCCAAAAAGGAUCAAAAGCAGCAGAGUAAAGUGGGGCCCAUCAGGAAUGAAAAGACCGAACGGCAACUUCUUGGAGAGCUUUAUGCUGACAAGGCCUACCUGGAGAAACUCCUCAAGGAUGCAGACUUGAUCAAAAGCAGCACAAAGCAUGGGAUGACAGUGGAGGACCUGAUCCUGGGCGGCAUUAACUACCUGGACACCCGCACCGAAUUCUGGCAGCAGCAGAAGCCCAUCUACGCCCGUGUGAGAGACCGCAAGCUCAUGCAGCAGAGAUGGCUCCCAGAGAGAAAGCGAAAGCCAUCGGAAGUUGCCAGAUACAUCCUGAAGAGCAUGGAAGAAAUUGAUAUGUUGUUGACCAGUAGCUGCCCUGAAGGAAGCUGUAAGAAAGCUGAGCAUGUGCUAAAAACAAUCCAAGGUUGGUCUGAGGAUGAAAUUCCCAACAAGAGCGAACUGAUUGGAAACCUCUACAGCUGCAUUGGGAAUGCUCAGAUAGAGAUGGGGCAAAUGGGAGCCGCACUGCAGAGUCACAAGAUGGAUCUGGAGAUCGCAAGGGAAAAUGAUCUGCCAGAUGCCAUCUCCAGAGCCCUUGACAACAUUGGCAGGGUUUAUGCCAGAAUUGGCAAAUUCCAGCAAGCUAUUGACACAUGGGAGGAGAAGAUCCCACUGGCAAAAACCAGCCUGGAGAAGACGUGGUUAUUCCAUGAAAUUGGCCGAUGUUACCUAGAGCUUGAUGAAGCAGCAGAGGCCCAGGAUUAUGGAGAAAAAUCCCUCCAGUCAGCAGAGGAGGAGGGUGAUGUUGAGUGGCAACUCAAUGCUAGUGUGCUGGUUGCACAAGCACAAGUGAAACUCCAGGACUUCCAAUCUGCAGUUAUGAACUUCGAACAAGCUCUUGAGAAGGCAAAACUCAUUCAUAACGAUGCAGCUCAGCAGGCCAUCAUCAUCGCCCUGGAUGAUGCGAACAAAGACUUCAUCCAAGAGUUGAGAGCAGAACAAAGGACAGAGAGACUCGAAUCUUUCAGAGAUUAUGAUUAUGACGAUGAAUACAAGGAAGGAGAGGAGGCCAAGGACCAAAAAGAAAGAGAAGAAAACAAACAAAAGGAGGUAGAAAAGGAGGAGAAUGAAAGAAAUGGAAGAGGAGAAGAAGCAGAAGAAAAAGAGGAGACAGAGGGAGAGAAAGGGGAAGAUUAUGCAGAGCCUCAUCAGGAUUUGCCUGAAUAAAGAGGCAGCAUUUCCCCAGGAAGCCACUCAUUAGGGUUAAAGUUCAUGAGGGUUGCUGGCUUUGCAAACUAGUGCAUUUUAGUUAGUGUGAAAUGGCCCCUAUUUUCCCUGGACAUGGAGUCAGCCCCUUCAGACUGGGGGGCUGCCCUUGCUGUCCCUUUUAAAUACUGGUUUUUUCAUGUUCCCAAGCUGUCCAUUCAAGGCUGUUUGGGUUCUUACAGUGGGAGGAGUUCAGGUACUUCCCUCCCCCUCCCAGCCUUUCAGCCUAGAGUUCAGAGCCAGGUCUGUGCUGAGAUGCUUUGCUCAUAUAGCUCGACCAGUACACUACAGAGGCAAAGUGCAAAACUCAGCAAUUUUGCCAAAGUAGCUUAUUCCAGCCCUUCUGAGCAAACUAAGCUAUACGGGCAAAAGUGCCUGCUUGCUGAUCUACCUGGGGCUUGCUGGCACAGCCAUGUCCAUCAGGGAUCCCGUUUCAUUACACCCCUGGCUGAUGGAGCGAUUCCAGGAGAAGUGGUGGGGUAGACCUGGCCCAGGACUCGGACACAGAGGCAGACAUUACAGAAGGCCCAAUACUGGACCUGCUAUGCAAGGGCAAAAGUCCCAUCCAUCCAGCGGGCGCGCCGCAUGCACUAGCACGGCAGCAUUGGGCUCUUGCAAGUAUCUUUGACCCACUGGGACAGCUGCACUCAUGGCAAAGUUGGGUAACAUGACAGCAGGAUCACGUGCAGCUGACUGGCGCAGAUACCCCAGGCCACAUCCAGCGCUGACUGAUUCCCACAGGCUGUGAGCAAGUGCUGGGGUGAGAGUGGCCUAAGUAAACUGGGGCUUUGGGUCACUGUGAAACCGCCAAGGAAAUGUUAUGUUUAGUGUAUGUGACUUGUAAAUAAAUGAUGCCAGCAGUGAUGGCCACAGCUUGCCUCCGUGAGAGCACAAACUACAGUGCCUAACAGCUCGUGCCUUCACUGCAGUGCGGGCGGGAGCUGCCCCUGCUGUGCCUUCUCUGUGGGAGCUGGGGGCAUAGUGAUCGCAGAGCCAGGCAUGGGGCUGCCCCUUUUAGGGCAGUGUGCCGGUGUGCGAUAGGACGAGCCAGGCGCUGCAGCCAGACCUCUGUUGUUCACCAUAGGAUCACGGUUGUGAAGCUAAAGUGUAGCUGUUCAGAUUGCAAACAAAACCCCCUGACAAGCAUCCACCCACUGUAAUUGAUGGCUGCCUGACUUUGCUGGGAGCCUGAAACAGCUCCAGGCGCUGCCCCAUUCAUCGGUGCGUAGAAGCUUUGCCCAUAGAGCGCUAUUGCCGCUACCGUGGCUGAU